CCUACUCAAUAUUUUGAUUUUGUAAACAGAACUCUGAACAGAACAGAACGUCCAAAAGAGUAGGUGUAGGUGGCCACUACGUGCGUCAGUCCUAGAAAAUACACUAUAGUUACAGAUUUCAAUUAUAAUUAGAACCUGAAUUUAUUCUAAAUUUCGAAAGUUUAAUUGAAAAUAAUGAAUAUCUUGCCAAAAAAAAGGUGGCAUGUUCGGACUAAGGAAAAUAUUGCAAGGGUUAGAAAGGAUGAAGCAGAAGCUGCAGAGAAGGAAAAACAAGAAAGAAUAAGAACAGAAACUGCAGAUAAAGAGUCAAGGCUCAAUAUACUAAAGGAAAAAAGCAAAGAGAGAUUACUCAAAUCAGGAAUCCCACAAACAAAUGUAGGAAAAAGUGAAAUUAUAAAUGAACAUGUCAACUUAUUUGCAAAUCUUGAAGAUGCUAUUAAAACAACAAACAAAGAACAUGAUAAAGAGGUAAAGGCCAAACAAGAAGAAUAUGAAAAACAAAUUGGCUAUUUAACUUAUCUUGGACAAGAUACAAAUGAAGCUUUAAAAAAGAAAAAUUGGUAUGAUGUUCCACCAGAGGCUUCUAGAUAUUCACGCACCAAUGACAUAAAAGAUACCUAUAAUAAGCUAGUUUUGAAAGAUGAAGAUGGAAAACCAAAAACAAAUUGUGUGGAGAUUAAAAAUGGAGAAGUCGCUUGGAAACAGAAGCAACGACUAGAUCCCAUGAAUCACAUAAAAAGAAACAAAAGUUACAAACUUCAAAGUAACGAACCAAAUACAAAGGUACAUAAGAAAAACAAAAAUCGUAAUGACGAAAAGUGCCCAAAAAUGAAACUACAAAAACUAAGAGAAGCUCGCCUUAAGAGAGAACAGCAGGAAAGGUGUAGAACAGAAUUAUUUCUAAAAAAAUUAGGUGGGUUUGGUGAAAGUUCAACAGAAGAAAACAAUGGAAAAAAUAAACUGAACAUUAUUCCUAAAAAUAAUUCUCAGUUUAACCCUGAAUUGGCAAGACAGAAUUAUAAAUGAAAACCAUAAUAUUGAGAAAUAAAUUGUACCAUUGCUAAUAACUGGAUUGAAAUAGACAAAAUAUGGUGUAAGUUAGAAUUACUUACACAUACACAAUAAUUUAAUAUAAUAAUUUCGGAGUGAACCAAGAAAAGUUAUUAACACUAUCGUAAUAAAGUGCUAAGUAUCAAGUGUCUUUGCUGUUUGAAACAAUUGAGCAUGUUUAAGCAAAACUAAAAUCAAAGUCAUGAAUUAAAAUAUUAUUUAAUAAAGUAUUGCAAUCAACACA